GCCGCGCACGCGUGACAGCCGCCGCGGCGGCGCUCUAGGCGGCUGCGGCCGCUGUCGAUGGUGUUAUGGCGGCCGUUGAGGUGGCAGAAGCGGCGGCAGCCGAGAAGAGCCGCUGAGCCGUGCCGUAACGAGCAGUGCCGAGGAGAUGUGUGCGGCGCUGGCGGAGUGGUUGCCGAGACUGGUCUGGUGAACCCGUGGCAAGAGCCUUGAACCCCCCGCCUCUAGUGAGGUGCAGGGAGGAGGAGCCAGUUGCCAGCUGUGUGGGCGCCCGGAGCGAGGCUGAGUGAGGCCCGGAGUCCUCUGAGCGGCGGCGAUGGCGUCGUGGUUGGGCGGGCUGGGCUCGGGGCUGGGGCAGUCCCUGGGACAGGUCGGGGGCAGCCUGUCUUCGCUCACCGGCCAGAUCUCCAGCUUCACCAAGGACAUCCUGCUGGAAGGCGCGGAGGAAGUGGGCGAUGCAGCAACAGAACUCUAUGUGUCCAAUUCUAGGCUCAGAGAAAUAGAGAGUAUUAAUGCAGCACAAAAGUUGGAAAAUGAGAGACUGAAAAAAGUUUGCAGCGAUUUAGAAGAAAAGCAUGAAGCAGCAGAACUUCAAAUAAAGCAAUUAUCUGUAGAGUAUCGAAAUCAGCUUCAACAGAAGGAGGUGGAAAUCAGCCAUUUGAAAGCUAGACAGAAUGCACUGCAGGAACAAUUGCAGAAAGUGCAGACAGCUGCUCAGUCAGCACAGUCAGGAGCUGGUUCACCACCAGCUGCUACAUCAGCUACCUAUGUUCCAGCAGUCAGACAUCCCACAGGUUUUGAAGGAGACGACAUGGAUUUUGGAGAUAUAAUCUGGUCACAACAAGAAAUAAACAGAUUGUCCAACGAAGUUUCUAGACUUGAAUCUGAAGUUGACCACUGGAAGCAGAUUGCACUGUCUUCGAAAGGGCAAGGGAGGAAUGAUGCUGAACAAAGUGAAAUAUGCAAACUGCAAAAUGUUGUUAAGGAACUCAAACAGAAUUUAAGUCAAGAAAUAGAUGAACAUCAGCAUGAACUUUCAGUAUUGCAGGAUGCACACAGACAAAAGCUAGUUGAGAUAAGCCGUCGACACCGAGAAGAGCUGAGUGAAUAUGAAGAGCGAAUUGAAGAACUUGAGAAUCAGUUACAGCAAGAUGGUGUGAGUGCUCGUGCCAUGGAUAACUCUAAAAUAAGCAUACAGCAAAACAAUUCUCAGAGUCUAGACGGAGGAAAAGUAGACAAGUUGCAGAUUGUAAAGGACCUAGAGGAUGAAAUAAGAAAAUUAAAUCACAAAUUAUCUUCUGCCAAAGAAGAAAACAAAAAUCUUCUGAAAGAGCAAGAAUUGGCAAAGGUAGAAAAAAUCCAAAUAAUGCAAGAAUGUGAAAAUCUUAAAUCCAACUUGAGUAUGCUUCAAAGUUCUGUUGCAGAGCAAGAUGCUCUCCUGAAAGAACAGGAGAAGAAGCUCCGGUCAAAGACAUCACUACCAGAAGAUGUUAUCAGACUGCAGCAAGCACUGUUAGAAGCAGAAAAUGAAAUAGCAAGACUUUCAAGUCUAAAUCAGCUUAAGGAGGGACUCACAAGUGCACAACAUGAAAAUGAGAGUAUUCUUUCUGCAUGUACUGAGGAUCAGAAUUCUGAAUUAAGUCAGUUAAGACAAGAUUUAGAAAGGAAAGAACAAGAAUUAAAUGAAAGUAUUGCUGAAAGAGAAACUUUAAUAGCGGAACUGGAAGAACUAGACAAGCAAAAUCAAGACGCUACUCAGCAUAUGAUUACACUGAAAGAGCAGCUGUCGAAACAACACACAGAAACUGAUUGUGUCAUCAAACAGCUGAAAUUUGACAUAGAUUUUGAAAGGAAGAAGGUAUCAGAGUUAGAAACUGAGAAGAUGGAAACCAUUCAGGAAUUAGAUAGUCAGAAAGAAAAACUAAGCCAGUGUUCCUCUGCACUUAAAGAUUUGCAUAUAAGUAAGCAGCAGCUUCAAGAUAAUAUUAAACAUCUUCAGCAACAAUUAAGGGAAACCCAGGGCUGUAAUUUGCAUAAUAAAAAAGAAAUUGGAGAGUUGCAGCAGAAACUAAAAGAAAGAGAGGAGGAACUUUCUUUAUACUCAAGCAAGUUAACAGAAAAAAGUACUCAGGAAUCUAACAACAUUUGCCAAGAUCUGAUUCUGAAAGAAAGAGAAGUAGAAAUUGCAAAGCUGCAGAAUGAUAUUUUAGAAAAGAAACAAAUAAAUGAAGACUUAAAGAAAUCUCUGUCUGAUCUCAGAACAGAAAAUGGAAAGCUGAUAACAGCCAUUGAAGAACUAAAAGGAGAGUUAAGUGAUGCCAUUUCUGAGAAAAACAAAAUUUACUUGGAAAAAGACACUGUUGCAGAGGCUCUGAAAAUGGAAAAAAGACAGUUGGAGAGUGAAUUACACCAGUCGGAAAAGAGGAUUUUGGAACAAGCACAGAAGUAUAAGCAAACUAUUGAGGAAUUAUCAAAUGCACGUAAUAUGGAUACUACUGUGUUGCAGCUUGAACAUGAGCGUCUGGUUAAACUCAGUCAAGAGAAAGACUUUAAGAUUGCUGAACUUAAAAGGAAUAUUGAGCAAAUGGAAACUGACCAUCAAGAAACAAAAGAGAUGUUGACUACUAGCUUAGGAGGACAGAAGCAGUUGACAGAACUCUUAAAAGAAAAAGAGGUAUUUAUUGAAAAAAUGAAAAAUCAAACCUUACAGAUGAAGCAGGAACUUGAGGAAUAUAUGAAAGCUUCAAAAAAGCAGGAUGUCUUGAAACAGAACUUGGAGGAAAAAGACAGAAAUCUUGCAGUCAUGAAGGAGGAAAAUAAUCAUUUGAAAGAAGAGAUUGAACGCCUUAAGGAUCAGCAAAGUAGAUCUAUGCCUGUGGUUGAGCCUAAAACUCUAGAUAUUAUUAUUGAACUUGAAAGUGAGGUAACACAGUUAAAAGUGAUAAAGACUAACCUUGAAGAAGAAAUGGAAGUUCACAAAAAAACAAUAGAAGAUCUGAAUCAAACAACAGCACAACUUCAACAGUCUUUGCAGGAGCAAAGAAAGGAAAUAGAUGAAUCUAAAUUUCAGUGUGAGCAAAUGAAUGUCACACAUGAAAGACUUUCCUUAGAGAAAGACGAGGAAAUUAAAAAUUUGCAGAGAACAAUUGAACAAAUUAAAACUCAGUUACACAAAGAGAGACAGAUCAUUCAGACUGAUUCCUCUAAUCUUUUUCAGGAAACCAAAGUUCAGACUCUUAAUGGAGAAAAUGGAAAUGAAAAACAUGACUUAUCUAAAUCUGAAAUUGAAAGACUGGUAAAAGGUAUCAAAGAAAGGGAAAUGGAGAUAAAGCUUUUAAAUGAAAAGAAUGUUUCUUUAAGUCAGCAAAUUGAUCAGUUGUCUAAGGAUGAAGUUGGCAAACUUACUCGGAUCAUUCAAGAGAAGGAUUUAGAAAUUCAAGCUCUUAAUGCUAGAGUUUCCUCUGCUUCCUAUAGGCAAGAUGUUCUUUGUCUUCAGCAGCAGCUGCAAGCAUAUGUUAUGGAAAGGGAACAAGUACUAGCAGUUCUAAGUGAAAAGACAAGAGAAAACAGUCAGUUAAAAACAGAGUAUCAUAAUAUCAUGGAUAUGGUCGCUGCUAAAGAAGCAGCUUUGGUGAGGCUGCAAGAAGAGAAUCGGAAGUUAUGCAAUAGAUCUGAAAACAGCAGUCAGGACAUGUCUCGAGAAACAAUUCAGAAUUUAUCCCGUAUCAUUCGAGAAAAAGAUAUUGAAAUAGAUGCUUUAAGUCAAAAAUGCCAAACCUUAUUGACUGUUUUGCAGACAUCCAGUACAGGUACUGAUAACGGGUCAGGAGGUGUUAACAGUAACCAGUUUGAGGAACUUCUACAAGAACGUGAUAAACUAAAACAACAAGUAAAGAAGAUGGAGGAGUGGAAGCAACAAGUAAUAACCACAGUUCAGAACAUGCAACAUGAGUCAGCUCACCUCCAAGAAGAGUUACACAAGCUUCAAGCACAAAUUUCAGUUGAAAGUGAUAGUAAUUCAAAGUUGCAGGUGGAUUAUAAUGGCUUGAUUCAGAGUUAUGAACAGAACGAGCGAAAGCUGAAAAGUUUUAGUCAGGAAUUGGCACAAGUUCAGCACUGCAUAGGACAGCUUCAUAACACCAAGGAUCUUCUCCUGAGUAAACUUGAUUUAGUAACGCCACCUAUGGCAGCAGCUUCCACCAUUCCACAGCUUUCAGGUGUUCAGUACAGCACUCCUGAAGUACUCAGUGAUGAGUCUAAACUCUUUCAAAAGGAGUUGGAACAACUGAAAAAAAAAUUGCAAGAAAAAGAUUCAACUAUUAGGACUCUUCAGGAAAACAAUCAGCGAUUAUCUGAUUCUGUGGCUACAGCAUCAGAGAUUGAAAGAAAGAGUCAAGAAGAGACUGAGUCAGAGAUGAGGCAGAUCAAAGAAAAACAUGAUGUCUUGCAGAAAUCACUUAGGGAAAAAGACAUAUUGAUUAAAUCUAAAAGUGAUCAGUUACUUUCCGUGAGUGAAAAUCUUAGUAACAAAGAAAAUGAAAAUGAGCUUUUGAAGCAAGCUGUGACUAAUCUUAAAGAAAGAAAUUUAAUUUUAGAAAUGGAUAUUCGAAAAUUGAAAGAAGAAAAUGAAAAAAUUAUUGUAACGUGUAGGGAAAAAGAAACAGAAUUCCGAGCGCUCCAGGAGACUAACAUGCAAUUUUCAAUGAUGCUGAAAGAGAAGGAGUUUGAGUCUCAUUCAAUGAAGGAAAAAGCUCUUGCAUUUGAGAAACUAUUGAAAGAGAAAGAACAGGGCAAGACGGGAGAAUUGAAUCAACUGUUAAAUGAAGUUAAGUCAAUGCAGGAAAGAGCUGUUACUUUUCAGCAGGAGAGAGACCAAGUCAUGGUAGCACUCAAACAGAAGCAAAUGGAAAGCAGUGCACUGCAGAGUGAGAUACAGCACUUGCGUGAGAAAGAACAGCGCCUAAACCAGGAACUGGAGAGGUUACGUAAUCACCUUUUAGAAAUGGAAGACUCCUACACGCGAGAAGCUUUAGCUGCAGAAGAUAGAGAGGUCAAGCUAAGAAAGAAAGUUUUGCUUUUGGAAGAAAAACUUGCAUCCUCAUCUACUGCGGUGGAGAAUGCCAGUCAUCAAGCUAGUCUUCAAGUUGAAUCUUUGCAAGAGCAGUUAAACCUGGUUUCCAAGCAGAGGGAUGAAACAAUGCUACAGCUCACCAUCUCACAGGACCAAGUGAAGCAGUAUGCAUUGUCACUGGCUAACCUGCAGAUGGUACUAGAGCAAUUCCAACUGGAAGAAAAAGCUAUGUAUUCAGCAGAGCUGGACAAGCACCAAAAACAGGCUACAGAAUGGAGGACAAAAGCAGAAAGCUUGGAAGAAAAAGUUGUAUCACUGCAGGAAAGGUUAGGAGAGGCAAAUGCUGCACUGGAUGCAGCAUCAAGGCUUACCGAGCAGCUUGACGUCAAAGAGGAGCAAAUUGAAGAGCUUAAGAAAGAAGGUGAGAUCAGAAGAGAAAUGUUAGAAGAUGUACAAAAUAAGCUAAUGAAUCUUAUGAACAGCACAGAAGGAAAAGUGGACAAGCUUCUGAUGAGAAAUCUCUUUGUUGGACAUUUUCAUACUCCAAAAAAUAAACGUCCUGAAGUGUUAAGGUUAAUGGGAAGUGUUUUGGGAAUAAAAAAGGAAGAACUUGAUCAGUUAUUAACUGAAGACCAAAGAGGAGUUACAAGAUGGGUGACUGGCUGGCUUGGUGGAGGAGCUGGGUCAAAGAGUGUCCCUAGUACGCCUUUGAGGCCAACUCAUGAGAACAUUUUUAAUAGUUCUUUUUCAGAAUUGUUUGUGAAAUUCCUUGAAACGGAAUCUUGCCCAAGCCUUCCUCCACCCAAGCUCUCUGUUCAUGAUAUGAAACCUUUAGGAGUAGCAGGAACUGGUAAAACUAGCACUACUUCGUCCAACAGUCAAAUACAAGAUUCUGCAGCUGUGGGAGUGGGCAGAAGACCGGAUACGAAUCCGUUUUUAGCACCUCGAUCUGCAGCAGUGCCUCUUGUAACACCUGCUAGUAGUUCUGGACAUCUGCUUAUGAAACCUAUUUCUGAUGCAUUACCUACUUUUACUCCACUGCCAGUGUCCCCUGAUGCCAGUGCUGGUGCUGUGCUAAAAGACCUCCUAAAACAAUAGAUGAUCUUGUAUCAGCAUUAUGAUGAUAGCACUUUAAGGAAAAUGAGAACACUAUGCUGUAUAUAAUUUACCACAAUGAGGCCUUCUGUAAAAAGUCAUGUACUUGUCUGCAUCUCGUCCUUGUUUUUCUUUUAAUUGUGAUUUAACCAGCCCUUUGGAUAUCCUAAUGGUGACAUGAAUAGCAGCCUUCUUUAUAGCAAGCAUUCAUUUUGGGUGUUGGAGUGGUGGUGGUUUAGCCCUGGCUGCCACCAAAGCUGCUUUAUCAUUUCCACUACUAAACUGGGCAAGGGAGAGAAAAUGUAACAAAAAGCUUGCAGGUCAAGGUAAGGAUGGGGAGUCCACUUGGCAGUUACCAUCAUGGGCAAAAUGGACUCAACCUGGGAGAACUAGUUUAAUUUACUACCAAUCGGAAUGGAGUGGGGUAAUGAGACAAAAAGAAGUGAAUCUUAAAACACUUCCCCUAACCCCUCCCUUCUUCCUGGGUUUCUGCCACUCCUCCCAGCAGCACAGCAGGACAGGUAAUAGGGAUUGUGGUCCGUUACAUCUUAAGUUGUCUCUGCUGCUGCUUUCUGUCAGGACUCCUCCUCACACUCUGCUCUUUAACUGGGAAAAUAAAUACCUUUUUGCUGAGUUGUCACAAGACAAAUAGAAGAACAUCUAACCCUGAGUUAUACUCCUGUUUUAUGCAUAGACAGCAGUAACUCUUUAAUGUUGAGAGCUGUUUUUCCAUGGAAAUGGUCUGCCAUUGGCAGUGGGCCUUCAAGAACCAGGUACUUGUUUUUUUUUAAAAAAACAAGAGAUUAUAACCUGACACUUGCUUAAAUGUACACUAGGAUAUAUGUCUCUUAUUUACAGAAUUAGACACAUUUGGGGGCAAUUUCAGGCAUGUUCAUCUCUUCUUGCACACCGUACUCUAAUGGUCUAAGAUGUAUAUUUGAGAGACUUUUUAUCUUGCGGGAUUCUGUAGGUCUAACUACAGGCUUAAAGCCUGAAUACAUGUAUAGAGUUUAAAGGGAAGAUGCUUACUUAUGUUAGAUGUGUAAAUAGGCCUUUGUGAGACCAAGGCCAAGGUCAAUUAUUCUGUAAAUUUUGCUGUGAUAACCUGUACACUUUGUUUGGCAGGUAAAGAAUGAAGUUGCAUACUAAAGGAUAAAAGUUACCUUGCAAAAAUCAUCUUCAUAGUGAAUCUGAGAUAAAACAUCUUCUGUUUAAAAUGUAUAAUUUUGAAAUCUUUUUAUAUGCUGUUCCUUGUUUAUUCAGUGUUAAGAAGUGCAAGUUCUAUAUUAGAACUGUCAACCUGUACUUCUCAUUUUCAUUAAGAUCCUGGAGGAAAUUGUUCUUAGAGUUAUAUUUAAAUAAAAUGAAUUACUGAAACUCAUAUUAACCAAAGCAAUGCAAGAAAUCUGCAUUUAUUUGUGUAGAACUUAAAUAGUGAAUUUCUUUUGUUGUCUUGAAAUCUGGUGAAUUUUGGUUUUUUUCUUAAUUCCUUUAUUUACCUUAAGAACUGCUCGAGCCUCUUUUCUCCAGUAUGUUAAUAUUUUGUGGAAGACUUUAUGCAUAUUUGGAAGCAGAUUGAUCAUCGGAUUUUUAUUUUACAUUUUUUACUCUAUUAUAGACAAUGAAUUUGGCAGUUUGGUUUCUAAAGGGAUAGAAGCCACACGCAGUAUACCAAAGUAAAUUCUGCAUUACAUAAUGAGAAUUGGAAAUUACCUCAGCUGAGCACAUUUCUGUUUGGUACUUCAAGUGUACAUCUUCAUCAUCUGUAUUUUAAACUGGACUGGAAUAGGUACUUUUUUUUUAAUAGCAAAUAUAAAGAAAACUGAAAUCAGAUGGCUUCUGUGCAGUCUCUUGUUCUUGUAGUUAUGUCUGUUUAAGGGUAUGUAGCUCCUUCAGAAUAAAAUUGCCAUUUAGUGAUCCAAAGCAGGAGGAGAUGCUUGGUUUUUAAAAACUAUGACUCUUGUAUAUUAUGAAUUGUUAAUGAACUUAUGGUGCUCAAUAUCCUCUGAAUAUACUGAGCAGCUCUUAGCUUUUUUGUGCUAAAUCGUUCUUUAAUCGUAGUUUAAAGGAGGGAGAUCUAAAAUCAAGUGAAGAUAUUGAAGUACUUCAGAGUUCCUUAUUAAGCUACUUUGGAGAGAAGAAAAUCCUCUACAGGAGUGAUACAAGAGAUUGUCAGUCCUUAAGUCCUUGGAGAUCUCUGAACUAGGGAAAAAAUCCCCAUGGCUUAGAGGUUUCUGUUUUAGUGCUUAUUUCACAACUGCAUUGGUGGGUUUUGUUGGUUUUGUCAGGAAUCAAAUGUGCUCUGUGUUUCACGCAGUACUUUCCCACUGAAAAACGUACUUCAUUGCCUUGAUUCUCUCAUCUUUCUUAGACUGUUUCACAGACUAUUCUGAAUUUUCUAGAUUUAUUUUUGUUGAAAGAUUAAUGGAUAUAUUUUUCCUCUAAUUUUUCUUCUGUGUUUACUUUGGGUUUGGUAAUUGUUUCAUAUAUAUUUACCAUACCAGUUUCCCAUAUGUAGGUAUGAGUCAUGUCGUCUUGUUAAUUGUGUGGGUCUUUUGCACAGCAGUGGAGAGGGGACAGGGGGAGCUGGAAUUCUCUGUGGAAUUUAUGAGCAGAUGCAGUAGUUGAAAAAUUCUGUUCUUUAACUUAGUGGUUCUCUUUCACCACGCUUUUGCAAGGAAAAUAGUAUGGUCCUCCCAGUUUGGACAAAGAAGCUGUUAGUUAUCUUUAGUAGUAAGGUAACAGAAUUCUAUUAAAGAAUUAAUUGAGGGUUAGGAUUUUAUGUUCACCUCUCUAUACUCGUUCAUUUUUUGCUGCUGUUUGCUCAUCCAGCAUUCCGUGGAGAUAGAAGGAAGGAACCGGUUGAUCUUUCUAAUUGUUACUGUAAAGGAGUGCAGUUUUUGUCUGUUAAAUGAAAUUCUCCUGCAUUAAAGCAGUUAGUCACAGACAUGUAAUUCAUCACAUUAUAGUGACCAGUAUAGAAAGAUUUGUUUUUUAACCAAGCAUCAGAUCCCAGCUUGCAUUUUAUUAUUGCUGUUUAUUCGUGUUCUUGAUCAUUUUGCAUAUAUAGUUACUAAUAAGACAGGGUACCUGGAAUAUAAUAUAGCAGUGACUGAUAAAGUGGAAGAGACAGAAUGGAAGAUGCUUACCGUGUAACUAUUUCAAAUAGUUUGCAAUUUUAAGCCUUGGUGUCAUCGUACUGCCUACUUUGACUUUAUUGCUACAUUGCCAUAUAAAAGUUCAAGAAUAAUUUUCUCAACUUGUCUAAUCAGGCACAUUAGUAAACCUGAUGUUGCAUCCUCUCAGGUUUUUUAGGUAGAAGAAAAUAUUUUUUGUCACCUAUUUGAAUAAAAAAUACAAACAGUGGUUUAAUAUGGAGAGACAUUAGUAUAGAAAUAGCAGGGAUAGCAGCUUCAUGCAUUCUUCAGACAGAGAAGUCUUUGAUUUAUCUAGACGUUCAAACCAAAGUAGUCUUUGUGUCAAGAUAUUUAGUGUCAAGUUAAUGCUUAAAAAAAACCCAAACCUAUAACCUAUGAAAUAUGUAUAUAUACAGAUAUGGAAGGGGUAGCAGUAGGGCUUGAGAAAUUAAAACCAUUAUAUGUUUUCUGUUUUGGUUUUAUUUUGUUUUCUCUUUCACAGAAUCAUAGAAUGGUAGGGGUUGGAAGGGACCUUUAGAGAUCAUCUAGUCCAACUUCCCUGAUAAAGCAGGUCCACCUCAAUCAUGUUACACAGGAACAUGUCCAGGUGGGUCUUGAAAACCUCCAGAAGAUAUUCCACACCCUCCCUGGGCAAAAUGUGCCAGGGCUCCCUCACCCUUACAGCAAAGAAUUUUUUCCUUGAGUUUAAAUGGAACUUUUUGUGUUCCAGCAUUUGUCCAUUACCCCUAGUCUUGUCACUGGACACUACAGAAGUAAAGUGUCACCUCAUCCUCUUGACAUACAACUUUCAAAUACUUGUAACUAUUAAUGAGGUCUCCCAUCAGUCUCUUCCAGGCUGAACACUCUUAGAUCCCACUUUCCAGUAAAUUUAAUAGUUUUUUGCAUAAUUAGUUGUCUUUCAGGUGGAAAGCUUCUAAUUAGCUUUCUUAGCUGCAAGAAAUAUGUAUGUAUAUUAUAUACAUAUCAGAACUACCAGCUUACAAUUUUUGUUCUAUUGUGUUGUGCCAUUAUAUACUGCCGAAUUUAUUUGCAGACCUGCAAAGCUUAAAUGUAGAGACUAGUAUUGAAUAAAAAAUAAAGGAAUAGACAGCUGCUGGCAUUUUACUUAAAGGAAAAAAUAAUUUUUAUGUGGCAUUCUGUUUACAGUGGUAGAAACACUGAGUCUUGGACUCAAGUUUAUAGAAUUCAGUAUGGCAUUCUGAAUUUCAUUAUCUGAAAGCAUCACUGAGAGAACUCUGAAAUACAUUUUGUAGCACACUAUCAGGGUAAGUAUGCCAGAGAUGAGCCUGUCAUUUGUUGGUUGUGUUAGAUCUGUUGGAAGGCUAAUUUGGAGAAAUUGAUUCCAAAUUGGGAGUUCAGCCAUGCUGCUAAAACUCUCAAACAUUUUGCCAAGCAGAGAAAACUCUUUAUCAAGUGAUUAAAGCCUUAUUUUCCUUAAAGGAAAUAACAAUUGGAAGAUAACUGUUGAUUUUUCAUACAUAAAAAGGGUCAUUUAUCAUUUAGUAAGUGCCCAUAUCAAGUAAUUUAGGGUCAUUCUGUUCCUUCUUAUUGCCUUUUGGGAUUGCUGGUUAAAUCUAAUUUCUUUUUAAAUGUUCACAGAUGUUGUACAUCAUCCUUGAGCACUGAUAGUGAAUUAAUGUUUCUGUAAUGUUGUGUUAAAAUAGCCAUUAAACAGCUUGUCACAGA